CCGGGCCGCCGGCUACGCCUUUAGCGGCCUAUAUAUACAGCCGCGCAUGCAACCGAGGUCCAGGCCUCCGCCCCGCUCCACAACAACAGGUCACCAUGAAGCGCUUCGUCAUCCUGCUGAGCGUCGUCUGCGUCGUCAGCUGCGGCGUAACCAACUACGACGACAGGGGCAGCGUCAGCGGCGGCGGCGGCGGUGGCGGUGGUGGAGGCGGCGGCGGCGGCGGCGGCGGCGGUGGCGGCGGCGGAGGCGGCGGUGGCAGCGGCAGCGGCAGCGGCAGCGGUAGCGGCAGCAGCAGCGGCGGCGGCGGCGGCGGCGGCGGCGGUGGUGGUGGUGGCGGUGGCGGCGACAGCGGCAGCGGUAGCGGUAGCGGCAGUGGCAGCGGCAGCGGCAUUGCCAGUGGAGGUGGCGGGGGCGGCGGAGGUGGUGGUGGAGGUAGCGACCUCGGAGAAGGACAUCUUGGAGGUGGCAGCUCUGGAGGAGGACAUCUUGGAGGUGGCAGCUCUGGAGGAGGACAUCUUGGAGGUGGCAGCUCUGGAGGAGGACAUCUUGGAGGUGGCAGCUCUGGAGGUGGAAAUGCUGGCGGAGGCAACCUCGGGGGUGGAAACCUGGGAGGAGCAGGCCCUACUGGAGGUGCAGUUGUCGGAGGAGGCCCACAUACUGGCUUGGGAGGUGGAGGAGGUCACGGUGGAGGAGCCUUGGCCACAGGAGCUCACGGCGGAGGGUCUGGUGCGCCUGGUGGCGCGGGUGGUCUCGCCGGUCUGCUCGGCGCCGCAGGAGGUUUUGGCGGCGGCUCUUCCUUUGGUAGCGCUGGCGCUAUCAGCAAUCAGUUCGCCGGCCUCCCAGGUUUCGGCACGGCUACGGGAUCUGCCGCCGGCAACGUGGCCUCGGCUGAAAGCGUAGGCCCGGGUGGCUCGACGUCAUUCACCAGCACUAGUGCCGUCGCGGAGGGCUCCGCCGCGCUCGGGGGCAGCAGCACUAACGCGGCGCUGGCCACCAGUGCUCAGGCCAGCGGCCCUCUGGGCAAAGUCUCAACCUCGAACACUGGAGCUGUCUCCAAUCAGAAGACUGACGGGACUUACCACUGAGCGGCCGGCGGUCACUACCAAUGCCAUACCGGAGCACAGCGCUCCUAGCCAGUAGCCAAUCAAGAACAGCGUCUGACCGGUGGAUGUUAGUGUCGACCAAGAGCGGACUUCAAACACCAAUCUUUCCGUGAAUAACACAUGUCUGAGUAUGCUCGAUUCCCCAUGCAAUGUGGUGUCGCAUCGGACUCCUGAGGAAUACACAUUUUGGUUUGGU